GGGCUUCCUAAACCUGUCAUAAAGGGUUGUCUUCAUUGGUUAAUAAGAGAAGGCAUUCAAGGUUCUUUAAAAUCUAAGGGGUUAAAUAAAAGAUGUCCCCUUAACUCCCCUUAUUGCUAUCCCUGUCCACAAGGUGUUUUUCUCUUUUCAUUCAACUUUAUUUCAUUCUAAUACAAAACUUAGAGAUUAAGGAAAUUAAAAUUUAUUUUAAACCUAAGAGGGAACCCUAAAUAAAAACCCUAACCAAAUAACAUGUAACUGGGGGGAUUUCAACAGGCACCAUCUAAACAAAAAACCAGAUAAUCAGAAUAAUUAGAGCAUGGGUUGGUUAUAAAAGCAAUUGAAGAUGCUUCUGUAAAAUAUUUACACUAUUAACACAUACGGUAACACAGCUAUUAUUACACACAAACAUCAAUACAAAUUUCAAAACAUAUACACAAUGAAUAAACUAUCAAGCAGGAUAACAGAUAAAUAUAUUUCUCAUCUAUAACAGUAUGAUUAAAACUUAUGCAGUAAAAUUGACAUCAAUAGAGGAUGUAUGGUCAGGGAAUUAAAAAGGUAUAUAUUGGCAACUACUCAUCAACCACAGGCAGUAUGUUAGUAUAAGGUAUUGGCUGAUAGAUUUGGAAUUUGAUUCAACACUGACACAUGAAAUAAUGGUCUGCAAAAAAGGAAAAGAGAAUGAGAUUGAGAGCACCGAUAAACACAAAAAUAGGUAAUGUUCAACAUGUAUGUCAAGAUUCAAAAUAAUAUAACAUUAAGUUAGAACUGUGGGAGCACUACUUCCCCAAGUGGGAUCCAGGUAACCACCACCCUCCAGCAGUAAGAGUGACAGCCCAUAACAAUGUGACAUGCAAUGGCCCAUCUUAAACACUUGUGCUUCCAAUGAAGGCAGCCAAGAGGUCCAAGGUGCCACUGGGGAAAAUCUGGUGAGCGUAGAGGAGGAGUUUUAUGAACCUCAAGAAAUACCAAAGCCAUUGAUAACUGAAGGCCCUAAAUAUGGAUUUGCAAACAAAUACUCGAAUGUUCCAGCAGUGCAAGAAGGCUUGUAUGGAGUACUGGAUCUCAAUGAGCCUAACACAACCUCUGCUACCAGAAGGCGGGAACUCCGGAUCCAAGAUGAAACAGAAAAUUUUAGCAGUGAUCAUUAUCUUGCUGAUAUGUUUGAAGACACGGCUUGCUCUUACAUGAACUUUGUCCCGCACUUCCACUCUCUCAGCAAACCUGAUGUACGAUACAUGGGUGGAGAGGAGACAGCACUGCUGCAGCUGCCUAGACGUGAAAUGCUUGCCGAGACUCCGCUGGUGGAGGCUGAGGUGUGUGCUGGACUGGUUUCGCUGCUGCUGGCCUGGUGCUACAACCACCGCAUCACGGGCGCUGAAGACAACGUUGCCAGCGCCUGGAAUAUGGCGAAGCUUGCGCCGCAGUUGUCAUGGUUUGAUACACCGCCGAGCGUGAGAGAGAGCGUGCUGGUGUUCACAAGACGUGCUCUGGUGUACCCGCUGCUCCGGCACUGGGACUUCAAUAAGCUCGUCGUCGGUGAUGCCGUAACUUUACUCAAGCUCGGCAGAAAAAUGGUUCUAAAAAGCUUGCUCGAGAUGCGCCGCUGCUUCAAUGAGACAGAAAAUCACUAUCUCCUGAACGAUCUCUACAUCACCGACUAUUGUUUGUGGCUGCAGCAGCGAGCUACUGAUGAGCGACUGCUGACUCUUGCCUCAGAGCUUAGUGAGGUCGAGUUGAGCAAGUCCGAUGUAGGGUUUGAUUUAGAUAUUCUAGAAGAUCUCGCACGGAAGUCACUACAAGACUCUCAGUCCACAACCAACGAACGAGAAGCUGUGGCUGGUGUCACUGAGUCUCUGCAGACGCUCACAUUCGCCAAUCCCGCGCUGACUGACGGAAAGAACGAGUCCGAACAGGAACUCAAUGUUGCAACUAGAGCGCUUUCUUUACGAGAUAACACGAAUGAUUGUGCGCCGACUGAUUCUGAUGACAGCGACACGUCUGAUUCUUCUGGAUCCAGCGAUGAUGGCUCGUCAGAUUCGUCUUCUGACUCAUCAUCCUCGUCAGGCUCAGAUGUGAGCUCAGAGUUGGAUUCUGACGACGAUGAUGAACCUCGGCAGAGAAACGCCGAUUCGUGAGCUGUGCUGAGGGAUUUUUUUAAACUGAAAAACUGAUCCAGAUCAUUCCAGUAUUUUGGACCCAGUUUAAGCAAACAAUGAACAAAUUUUGUGAUGUUAUACCAGCGACUUUGUAAGAAAUAUUCAUACAUGGCUUUAUGUUAUGAUCAGUGUGAUAUUGUGCGAAAACUCUCCACUCAAAAGCGUUUCCAUAAUUCUGUCCAUUCCUGAAUAAAUUAUCUCUGUCACGUGUCGCUCCUGUUAGGCGUCGUGGACAAGUACCAUACUCAACGUGGUAUUUAAAUCUCGUUUUAAUUAUUACUGUAUUAUUGUGCCCCAGACGCAAUCUUCCCCAACUUGUAUGUUAUGUCAGAUAAGAAUAACAUUGACAUUUAUUAAUUCUUUUCGCUCACCAUCCUGACUCAGUUCGGCUUUCUCAUGCCAAAUAUUUCGAUGGACACUCGGAACUGACGUGUUCGAUAAGGAAUUUCUGACUUGAUAAGUGAGAGUUAAUCCUUCCAGUUUGUUAGUGAUAUUUGAGGUAAUUUAUACAGACAACGUUAUCCGUAAGUAAUGUUCUAAACCGUGCUUUAAAAAAUUUGUUGGCAUAGUUUUUUUUAAGUUAUCCGUACCGACUACAUUAUUUAGCCUGACCUCACGGGGCACGAUGCUAAGAGGCAAUUGUCCUGAUCGUGCUAAGGGAGCUCGACAGUCCUUGGGUGCCCGAGUCCAGGAAACUGCAGGCUUGGCCUAUUGAUGAGGCUUCCGAGAGUUAACUAUAAUACUUUCUUCUUGGUAUCUUAUAUACAUUUAUGUAUUUCCAAUAUGAUGCCGAAUAUAUCGCUUCCCAUUAAAUGUGGAAUUUUUUGUACUUGGAUGCCAAAUGCUUGGAACGCGAAAAGUCAUUGGGAGUACGAUGUCGGAGUAAGACAUGAAAAUGACCAAAUUUUUACUGUAAGACCUUAAACGCUAAUCGUGUCAUGAGAUGAUCCAAAACAUGGCUAAAGAAGGAAGAGGCUCAGUACCUAACCAAAUGCUCUUAAAUGAAAGUGUUGUAGUAUGCAGGCUCUGAUAUUUAUCCAUGUAUGAAAGUGCAGAUAGCAUGAGGCUUAGCAAAGCUUUUAGCGUGUAGUAGAACAGCAGGCGUCGGGCUCGACGCGGCCGCUGCCAUGUUGUGGCUGCCGGUGUACCGAGCUGGUGCGCGGAAAUUGGGCGAUCCCGGAGCCAUGUCACUCAAAAGAUUCAUGCUGCGGUCGGAGAGCCUGAAGCUGUAUCGCUCGUUCUUGCGUGACGUGCACAAACUGCCGCC